ACGGUACAAAGCUCAUGGCGGCUCUCACACGCACGACAAUCGACGGGGUCACAGGGAGAGUGUCACUGGAUGCACAGGGCGAUCGCAUCGGCACGUCGUUUGAGAUAGUCAAUGCGGUCAACGGCCGGCUGCGCUCCAUUGGCUACUGGACCAAAGAGAACGGCCUCUCCUCCUCGCUCGAGCCCUCAUCGACAACCAAGGAUUCCAGCCAAUCGGUGCUGGCAGGCGUCAUCUGGCCCGGCGGGGUUUCAUUUCUGCCACGUGGCUGGUUCCCGCGUGCGCACACACCAUUGAAAAUCGCUGUGCCGUUCAAACAGGACUUCACGCAGUUUGUGCAGAUAGCCACCAACGACACCAUCACUGGCUUCUGUGUGGAGGUCUUUCGGGCGGCGGUGGGGCUGCUACCCUACACGCUGGACUUUGAGUUUGUGCCCUAUGGCGUUGGCAACCAGUCUCUCAGCUACACCGACAUGCUCCGACUUGUUGCAAACAAGACAUUUGACGGGGCAGUAGGGGACAUCACCAUCACACAGGAGCGCCAGCAGCUCGUUCAGUUCACACAACCAGUGCAGUCUGCCAGUUUGUCAAUGGCGGUGGCGCAAGAGCCAACGAGCACGGGGGCGUGGUCAUUCCUGACGCCCUUCUCGCUCACCAUGUGGCUGGUCAUCCUCGCAUCAACCGUCUUCACCGUCUUCGCCGUCUGGUUCCUCGAGAAGAACCAGAACGAGGACUUUUACGCCCACGGCAAGCUCUCCAGCCAGAUCAUCGAUAGUGUCUGGUAUGCGCUCACCACGAUCGUCUUUGCACAAGACAAGCCCAUUCAGACCACCAUGGGCCGCCUCGCCAUGAUGUGCUGGCUCUUCCUCGUGCUCAUCGUGACCGCCAGUUACACCGCCUCCCUCUCCUCCAUCCUCACCGUUCAGAACCUCGCUGCAACCCCUGAUAGCCUUGCUGUGGCAAUCUCUUUGAAGCUUCCUCUCGGUUACCACGAGGGGUCCUUCACCUACAACUACCUCCUGGCCAUCGGCAUCCCCGCUUCAGUGCUGUACGCGCUGGGUUCCAUGGCUGAAUUUGUGGACGCCUUGAGGUCGUCAGCGCUGUACCCGCUGGGGUCGAUGGUUGAGUUCGCGGACGCCCUGGGGUCAGGCAAGGCGAAGGCCGUGUAUAUGGAAAUCACUUUUGAGAAUUCUCAAAAGUGA